AUGACUGACCCUAAGCGUGGGAAUUUUGAAGAUAUCAACCAGAAACUCUGGUAUCGGAAGUUCAUUCGUGGGAUAAAGCCACAGAAAAAAGAGCCGUAUCCUGACGAAGACACGCCCGCCACGCCUGAACAACUCAAUGACGACUUCAUUGAUUAUUGGGGCAAACGCCUAAAGACUGAUGAGGCGUUCAGGAAGCACAACACGUACAAUGAGCUGAUGACCCAGUUUUGGGGCCUUGGAUGCACUGGCUUGUUGGAGGCCGAGGAGUGA